GGAAGAAGAAGGGCUAUGCAGCCGCCUCAGCCGCCCCCCUACGAGUUCCUCAGCGAGGAGAACGGGCAGAAAUGGCGGGGGCUCCUCGUGCCGGCCCUGCGUAAGGUUCAGCAGCAAGUCCAUCCCAACCUUUCAGCCAAGGAAGAUUCCCUCUUUUACAUCGAGGAACUAAUUCUUCAACUGUUAAAUAAGUUAUGCAUUGCACAGCCACGGACAUUUCAAGAUGUGGAGCUGUUAAACUUUCUUUUUUUCCUUCAGUCAAUUGCUGAUGGCUUUAAAGAAGCAGUACAAUAUGUGCUACCACGUCUCAUGUUAGUGCCUGUUUAUCACUGUCUGCACUAUUUUGAAUUGCUACAGCAACUUCAAGAAUGCAGUGAAGAUGAAGAAGACUGUGAAUGUUUAAAACAAGCCAUCACAGCUCUCCUGAAUCUCCAAUGUAGUAUGGAACGCAUUUAUAACAAACAUUCACCUAGACGUCGACCUGGGGAGCCUGUGUCUUGGUUCUACAACCGCCAAAUAAGAAGCAAGCAUCUGGCCAUUAAAAAAAUGAAUGAGAUCCAGAAAAACAUUGAUGGUUGGGAAGGCAAAGAUAUUGGUCAGUGCUGUAAUGAAUUUAUAAUGGAAGGCACUCUGGCAAGAGUAGGAGCCAAGCAUGAACGACAUGUAUUUCUCUUUGAUGGUUUAAUGAUCAGCUGCAAAGCCAACCACGGACAGUCCCGACUUCCAGGUUAUAGCAACGCAGAAUACCGACUCAAAGAAAAGAUUAUUAUGAGGAAAGUCCAUAUAGUUGAUAAAGAUGACACUUGUGAAUACAAAAAUGCUUUUGAACUGGUGUCUAAGGAUGAGAACAGCUUUAUCUUUGCUGCCAAGUCUGCUGAAGAGAAGAACAACUGGAUGGCAGCCCUGAUUUCCCUCCAGUAUCGUAGCACCCUUGACCGAAUGUUGGAUGCCGUACUAUUGCAAGAAGAGAAUGAGCAGCCCCUGCGACUCCCCAGUCCAAGUAUCUAUCGUUUUGCAGUGGAAGACUCUGAGGAGAACAUAGUUUUUGAGGACAAUCUUCAGAGCAGGAAUGGGAUUCCGAUCAUCAAAGGUGGAACUGUGGUGAAACUCAUUGAAAGACUAACUUAUCACAUGUAUGCAGAUCCUAAUUUUGUACGUACUUUCCUUACCACAUAUCGCUCCUUUUGUAAGCCGCAAGAGCUGCUAAGUUUGUUGAUAGAAAGUAACAGUAAUAAAAUCACCAUAUUGGAACAAGCCUUUGACCCAUAUGAAACCUUAUCACAGGAAAUCCUUUCACCACAAUAUCAAGAACAUUUUAAUAAUGUAAUGGCUAAACCUGCUGUGGCCUUACACUUCCAGGAUAUUGACAUGAUAUUCAGCAACAUCACAGAUAUCCAUGAAUUGACAAUGAAGCUCUUGGGAUUAAUUGAGGACACAGUUGAAAUGACUGAUGAAAGUAGUCCUCAUCCCCUGGUUGGCAGUUGUUUUGAAGAUCUAGCAGAAGAGCGUGUUCAAAAGACAUUUCCUCAUCCAAUUGACAAGUGGGCAAUUGCAGAUGCACAGUCAGCUAUUGAGAAGCGAAAACGAAGAAAUCCUUUGCUGUUGCCGGUGGACAAAAUACAUCCUUUAUUAAAGGAGGUUCUUGGUUAUAAAAUAGAUUAUCACAUGUCUCUUUAUAUUGUGGCUGUCCUGGAAUACAUCUCUGCUGACAUCUUAAAAUUGGCUGGCAAUUAUGUUUUCAACAUACGACAUUUUGAGAUUUCCCAACAGGACAUUAAAGUAUCCAUGUGUGCUGAUAAGGUAUUAAUGGAUAUGUUUGAUCAAGAUGACAUUGGUUUGAUUUCCUUAUGUGAGGAAGAGCCUUCUUCUUCUGGUGAACUUAAUUACUAUGAUCUUGUCAGGACUGAAAUUGCAGAUGAAAGACACAAUAAAUUUGUGCUUUGCAUCUCUGAUAUCGAAAUCCUUUAUACAAUCUACCAGCAAUGUCUGAUGUGUUUUCCAGGCAAAUCCAUGAAGAAGUGGGUGGAAUCCAUUGCAAAGAUUAUCCGGAGGAAAAAACAAGCUCAUGCAAAUGGCAUAAGCCAUAAUAUAACAUUUGAAAGCCCUCCCCCUCCAAUUGAGUGGCAUCUCAGCCGUCAGUUUGAGACAUUUGACCUCAUGACAUUGCAUCCCAUAGAGAUUGCUCGGCAGCUAACUCUCCUGGAAUCUGAUCUCUACAGGGCUGUCCAGCCUUCAGAACUUGUUGGGAGUGUGUGGACAAAAGAGGAUAAAGAAAUUAAUUCCCCAAACCUGCUGAAAAUGAUUCGGCACACAACAAAUCUUACACUUUGGUUUGAAAAGUGUAUAGUAGAAAUGGAAAACUUUGAAGAGCGAGUGGCUGUGCUAAGCAGGAUUAUAGAAAUUUUGCAGGUUUUCCAGGACUUAAAUAAUUUCAAUGGAGUUCUUGAAAUAGUCAGUGCAAUGAAUUCUGUCUCGGUGUACAGACUAGACCACACCUUUGAAGCACUGCAAGAAAGAAAAAAGAAAAUUUUAGAUGAAGCAGUAGAAUUAAGUCAAGAUCACUUUAAAAAAUAUCUUGCUAAACUCAAAUCAAUCAAUCCACCAUGUGUGCCUUUUUUUGGGAUAUACUUAACAAAUAUUCUAAAAACAGAAGAAGGGAAUCCUGACUUCCUAAAAAGACAAGGGAAAGGACUGAUCAACUUUAGUAAAAGGAGGAAGGUGGCUGAAAUCACAGGAGAAAUCCAACAGUAUCAGAACCAACCUUACUGUUUACGUGUUGAAUCAGACAUCCGGAGAUUCUUUGAAAAUUUGAACCCCAUGGGAAAUUACCCAGAAAAAGAAUUCACAGACUAUUUAUUCAACAAAUCUCAGGAGAUUGAGCCCCGAAAUUGCAAGCAGCCCUCUAGAUAUCCUAGAAAAACCAGCUACUCUCUAAAAUCUCCUGGAAUAAGGCCAAAUACUGGCAGGCACAGCUCCACAUCUGGCACUUUGAGAGGCCAUCCAACUCCUCUUGAAAAGGAGCCCUAUAAGAUUAGUUUUAGCAGAAUCACUGAAACUGAACAGGAGUCUGCAGCAUCAGCACCAACCUCACCAAACAUCCCAUCCACUCCUCCAGUGUCUGCGUCAUCAGAAGUCAGUGUAUUCAUAGACAUUGAUCUCAAUAGCUCCUAUGGUAGUAAUAACAGCAUAUUUGCUCCUGUCCUUUUGCCACAGUCAAAAUCAUUCUUUAGUUCAUGUGGAAGUUUGCAUAAAUUAAGUGAAGAACCCCUGGUUCCUCCUCCUCUGCCACCUCGCAAGAAAUUUGAUCAGGAGCUUUCCAACUCAAAGGGUGGUUCCAGAUCUGAUGAUGAUCCUCCUGCUGUCCCCCCGAGACAGCCACCUCCUCCAAAGAUACAGCCACGAGUCCCAGCUUACACUGGUUUGUUUGAUCAGCCAUUGCAAAGCCCUCCACCACCUCCACCAAGAGACCCUCUGCCUGACACUCCACCUCCCGUGCCCCUUCGCCCUCAAGAGCACUUUGUGAACUGCUCAUUCAAUCUUCAGCCUCCCCCUGUGGGACACUUUCACAGAGAGUCCGACUGGCUCCGGGAAGUUAGCACAUGCCCAAACUCCCCCAACACUCCUCCUGGCACCCCAUCACCUCGAAUAUUGCGUCGCUGGUGCAUGCUCAGCCCAAACCUUAAUAGCCUUGCAGCACCUCCAGUCCCACCUCGCCAGAAUUCCAGUCCUCAGCUACCAAAACUGCCACCAAAGACUUACAAGAGGGAACUUUCUCACCCUCCUUUGCACAGACACUCUUUGCUAGAAAAUGCAGAAACUCCUCAAUGACCUUCGUUAUGUAGUCUUUGACACUGGAAUAGCAGCUCCCAGCUUUACAGUUUCUCCUUAAUUUAUUCCAAUGACACCAUUUAUUUGAGCCCUUCGUCAGGCAAACACAUGGCAGAUCAAGACUCAUCCUCAAGCAUUGGAACAACAGCAGCCUUCAGACUCACUCUAGCCUCUUUACUCAUACCAUCAAUCUUCUCCUCAGGGGAUCAGUAACACUGCCUUCUCCUCUUCCUCUUCAGUGCUGUGACAAAGAAAACUAUAUUUUGCACUGCAAAUGACACACUACAUUAAUUUUAAACUGACAUCAGUUCAUUGCACUGAGCCAAAACAAAAGUGGUUGCUCGUGGAUUUUUUAUUUCCAAACUGGAGCAUGAGCAGCCUUUUCUCUCCAUGUGUGUCUGCGUGUGCGUGUGUUUUUUUAAAGAUGCAAUUAAUUGGAGAAACGUCUCCAAACUGGUGUCUUUAAGCUGUAUCAGGACUGCAAUCCUAGCCAAUAUGGCCUUCUAGAAAGCACCAGGUAAGAUGCAUUGAGAAGUACUCAUGAAGCAUUCUCACCCAAGCCAAGUUACAGUGAAUAGAUUCAUUUCAAUGUGAUUUACCUGGGAGAACUUUCAAGUGGAUGUGCCUAAUUGAUGCCAUAAUUGAUGGACUUCCCACCAAACAUGAAGACCUAUGUCAUCUUUCUAAUUUUGUUUUUAUAAACCUAUUCAGAUACUUUCUUUUCAGGAAAAAAAUUAAAAUCAAGAAGUUUGCGCUAGACCAUUAUAUUACUGUUGUUUUCAAAUGUUAGGUGACAUCAUGUCUUAAUUUUUGUAGUUUUGCUGCUGAAAUUGGGAAAAGAUAAGUGACUAAACCAAGAGAGUGCACUACAAUUGGCCCAAUUAAGUGAGAAGCAGAAAAGGGUCUGCUUCAUCCAUCUGUUCAAGGAGAAUUUAGCAUGUGUGUCCUAUUCAGUUGUGCCUUCAUUGUUUAAACAAGCGGAGGUGUCUUAAGCUAAAAAGUUGCCUGCUGUUUUGGCCAACAAAGCUAUUGCGCCAUAUUAUGUACAGUUGUUUAUAAUGUAUAAUUUACAAAGUAAUAACCUGUAUACACUUCUGUGACUUGAGGCCUCUUCUGUUCUUUCUGUGCAUUAUACUAUUGUAAGCAUUUCUCUACAUAUUAGUGAUGAAAACCAUAUUAUAAUUACCCUUCUUUCCUCAAAUUAGAGCUUUACUGUCAUUAUGGGGUCCCUCCUGAAAAUGUAGUGUUUAAACCAGCAGAUAUUGAAGAAUGCUAUUUUGGACUCUUUGAAACUUAAAUGAGACCUUCCUCUGGCCAGUUGAAUUCUGUUCUUUUCCAUUCAAGCUGGCAUAUUAAAUGAGUCUGGUUCACGAAUUAAAAAUGAACUGAAGAGAGUCUGGUAGCACCUUUUUCAAUUAACUUUUUUUAAAAAGCAUAAGCUUUCAUGAGCCACAACUCACUUUAUCAGAUGUGUAGAGUGGCUAGACCUUGUCCACUUAAGAUGGAUGGACUUCAACUUUCAGAAUCUCUAGUUAGCAUGCUGGAUCAGCCAGUCCACACAACCAUGGCUAAGGUUGAUAAACUGGGAUAGACUGAUAUAGGAUUUAAAUAGGGAUGAUAGGAAAGGAGGUUAUGUAGAUACAGGUUACCUAUGAGACAUAUUAGUAGUAUCUUAUUAACAACUGUUGUGUUAAAACCCCUUUGUUGAUAUCUUGAGCUUGCCUGAAAUCUUUUGAUGUAUAGGUAAUAGACAGACUAAUGACCACAAUUGUGACUAGAACCUAUGUUGUCAUUGUGAUCAUAAGUCUAGUCAAACCUAAUUUUAUGACUAUUUUUAGUCAUAAAAUAAAUCAUCAAUUGUUGAUUGGGCAUUAAAUAAAUUCCACAAAUGUUAAGCAAAUCCAGCUUCCCCAAUGGGUGUUAUUUGCCAAAAAUUGGCAAAAAAGAAUAUAAAGUACAAUCGUGACCACAGGAUGCAACAACUAGUUAUAAAUGUGAACCGAUUACCAACCUCUCAUAUUGCUAUAGGGAUGUUGUAAGUGCAAGUGCAGGUCAUACGUCCCUUUUUCCAAGGUCAUUGUAACUUUUGAACAAUUGUAAAAAAAGCUAUCCUAAGCCAAGGACUACCUGUAUGUACAUUCAGCAUACAGUGAUGACUUUAAAAUGGGUUGGUUGAAAUAGGUGCUACCAGGAUUCCUUGGGGUUUUUUGGUGACUAGGCGCUUUCACAAUGUUCAAGUACUGUAGAAUCCAAAAGCCUUCUCUUGACUGCUAUGUGGCUUUUUACUGUUCUUUGUAUCAGAGUUCUUAACCAGACUAAUAAAUCACCUGGUCUUAAUUUUUAAAAAACCCUGUUCAAGUUAUAUUAUUCUUGCAAAGAUGGGCAU